CGUAUCUUCACCAAUUAUAUCUGUAGAAAUGGCUUGUUCUCAUUCAUCUCAAUUACAAGCACAGAGCACAUCUACGGUUACCAAAUAUGCACAUUCGCAUAGUGGCCAAAUGAGGCCCUAGACUCCGCCAAUCCGGGCUCAGGCACAUGCGCCCCGUUCAUGGUAGCGUCCAGGUACAAAGGGAAAGUACCUACAGAUGGGCUCUCCGUACUUGGCAUCUCGAAGCUUCGUCACUCACUGCACUGCUCCUUUGUCCUGCGCCGUUCACUCACUACCGUCUGUUGCGGCCGUUUUCGCGAUUCGCGACUUCUUUGCGUAGUGUUUGGUAUCCUGCUAUUCCGCAUUCGCUUUUUUUUGGCUGCGACCAGCGAUUGGAGUUCCGUGUCGAACUCGUUGAUUGAACCAACCCCCCGAAUCUCCAACCCUCGGAUCCGAGCUCCGAAACGAUGGCUCGCCCAGUUCCCAAGAUCGAGCAGAAGGAAAUUGAAACAUACUGGAAUAUCUUCGUGGACAGGACAGGAGGAGGACAGUUCCUUACUGGUGAACAGGCUGCGCCCGUCCUCAAGAACAGUGGCCUUCGCGAUGACCAGCUGGAAAAGGUCUGGGACCUGGCCGACGUGGACAACGAUGGAAAUCUAGACUUUGAGGAGUUUUGCGUCGCUAUGCGACUCAUCUUUGAUAUCCUCAACGGGGAGUUUGCCGAUGUACCAAAGACGCUCCCUGACUGGAUGAUUCCCGAGUCGAAAGCCCAUCUUGUGCAAGCAACUAAAGCCAUCACGGGGAAGCAGCCACAAUUUGAACAAGUCGAGGACGAGGACGAUACCCCUGGCCUGAAAGAUGGAUUUGAGUGGUAUAUGAAGCCGGAGGACAAGGCCAAGUACGAGCAGAUAUAUCAGGAGAGCCGAGACAUGCGAGGAGAGGUAUCAUUCACUUCCCUCGAAGACCUCUAUGAGUCGUUAGACGUCCCCGAUACCGACAUUCGAUCCGCCUGGAACCUUAUCAACCCAUCUGCCUCAUCAAGCAUCAACAAGGAUGCAUGCCUUGCAUUCCUUCACAUUCUAAACAACCGACAUGAAGGCUUCCGAAUCCCCCGCACAGUACCUGCCUCCCUGCGGUCGAGCUUUGAGCGCAAUCAAAUCGAUUACCAAGUCGACAACCAAAGGGGCGGAGUGUCAUCACGGUGGGCUACCAAGGCAGAUGACUCUACAGCAACUGGACGCAAGGCCAAGUUCGGCGACCAAUACUUGACAAGACUCGGACGCAGCGGUUUCAAGACGGCAGGCACCGACUUCUCGACGGAGAAGACGGAGGAUUGGGAGGAAGUGAGGCUCAAGCGCCAACUGCAGGACCUAGAGGACAGGAUGAAGAAAGUCGAAGAAAUCGCAGAGAGGCGGAGGGGCGGCAAACGUGAUUCCAAGCCGGCGCUCGUCAAGCGAGAGCUGGAUCAACUUCUUGACUACAAGCGAAGGGAGCUGAGAGAUUUGGAAGAGGGCAAGGGCAAAAGUGCCGUUGGUGGAAACUUGAAGAGCAUAUCGGAUGACUUGGAGACGGUCCGUGAGCAAGUGGACGGUCUAGAAGCGCAUUUGAGGUCUCGAGAGCAAAUCCUGGAGCAGCUGCAGAGAGAGAUUGAGGAUGAGAAGAGGGGUUGAGGAGGUAGUCGGAGGUCGAAGGCGGAAUCUGGGGGUAUUUUAUCUUGGGUGGUUGUUUUUGCGUGUGAACCAGACAGCGAGAUUGGUUGAUUAAUGGUUUACCGGUAUAUAAAUGUACAUGUAUAGAUGAGGUUGUAAUCAAGGUGAAGUUUAAUUUCAACACUGCUGACGAGCUCAGUAGACAGACAUGCUUGAUCCGGCCUGGCCUCGCCUUCAUGCGUACUCGUACAAGCACCUUUUUUGUUCAAACUUUAGUAGAUUCUACGAGUACGAGA